AUGGCUCCAUAUACUUUUGAACUCUUCGCACCAUAUAACAAACAAGCUGGUCUUCGAUUGAAAAAUGCUAAUGCAAGGAUGUUUGGACUUGAUAUUCCAAUGGAACUAAAUGAACAAGAUGGAUACUGGCGUGCAACACUAGAUCUAGCUGAUGGUAUUUAUCAUUAUCAAUAUAAAAUAGUUACAAAAUCAUGGUUUGAACCAGAGCCAGAACCUGCUCUACCAGACUAUACAAAUGAUGAAACUAAAACUUUUGAGGAAAAUCAAGAGAAUCGUAAAAACUAUUAUAAUGAACAUGAAAAACUAGUUCAAGAAGUAAAAGAACGAAAUAAGAAACGAGAAGAAGAAAUAACAUUUACAGAAGUAUGGUACACAUUUGUUGAUCCAUAUGCGACCGAAGUUGAUGAACGUGGUUCAGAUGAUGCAUUUCGAUCAGUUGGAAUUCUUAUUUUCAAAAAUGGUAAAAGAAUAGUUGAUGAAUAUGAAUGGAAAUAUGACAAUCAUAUUCCAUUAGUUUCAAAUGAUAAACUAAUUAUUUAUGAAAUUCAUAUUGGUGAUUUUCAAGAUAGAUUCACAGAUGUAACAUCUAAAAUAGAUUAUUUCGUAGAACUGGGUAUUACAGCUGUCGAAAUAAUGCCAAUUAAAGAAUAUCCAGGAGAAAUCGGUUGGGGUUAUACACCACGAUAUCAUUUUGCUAUUCAGAGUACAUAUGGAACAACAGCUGAAUUAAAAGAAAUGAUUGAUGCAUUUCAUAAACAUGGAAUUCGUGUUAUUAUGGACGGUGUUUACAAUCAUUGUGAUGUUUCUGCACCAUAUACAGCAAUUGAUCAUGAUUAUUGGUUUCUUCAUGACCCUAAAGACCGAGUGUAUUGCUGGGGACCAGAAUGGAAUUAUCAAAAAUAUGAUGAAAAAUAUAAAUUAUGGCCUGCAAGAAAAUAUGUUGGUGAUUCUAUUAAAUAUUUUAUUAAUGAAUUUCAUAUUGAUGGUAUUCGUUUCGAUGCAGCAACUCAAAUUGCUAAUGAUGAAUUUCUUCGAGUUGUUGUAGAACAGUCAAAACAACAAGUUCAAGAUCGUGGAUUUGGACCAGAAUUUUAUUGUGUUGGUGAAUAUCUUCCGGAUAAACCCGAAUAUGUUAUAUCUAAUGGUGGACCUAUGGAUGGAGUUUGGCACGAGAGUUUCUAUUGGAGAAUUCGAGAUUCUGUGUUUACUGGCACAUCAAGCUGGGAAGAUCUCAAAGAUGUUAUUGAUGCUCGUCGACAAGGAUAUAAGAAUAUAACUGAUGUUGUUAAUUAUCAAUCCAAUCAUGAUCAUGAUCGUUUAUUAGUUGAUAUUGGUAAAGAACUUCAAAUAUUUGAUGUAGAUGCAUUUCGUCGUGUUCGAAUGGCAUUUACACUUCAAGCAACAUCCUAUGGUCUCAUGAUGAUUUGGAUGGGUGCAGAAUUUGGUGAAUAUAAAGAAAAAACUCCAGGUAUAGCAAAAUUAGAUUGGUCAUUGAUUGAAGAUCGUGAAGAUAAUUCAAAUGCUAUUAAUAAAGAACAAUUACAAUAUUACAAAGAUGUUAUUCAACUACGAAAACUAAAUUCAGCAUUAUCAACACCUAAUCUUGAAUUUAUAUUCGAAGAAGAAAAUGAUCAAAUCAUGGCUUGGCAUCGAUGGAAUUCACCUAGGUAUGAUCCUCAUGAACAAGGUGAUCAUGUAGUUGCUGUAUGUAAUUGGUCAUCAACAACAUAUGAGAAAUAUGAAAUAUUAAACAUACCACGUAAUGGAAAAUGGUAUGAAUGGCUUAAUAAUGACAAAGAAUAUAUCGUAGCAAAUAAUAAACUAACAGUUGAUGAUUUUAUUGAUCAUACAGUUCGAGUAUUUAUAUAUGAAGUAAAAAGAAGUGAGGAAGAAGAACGCGUAUCUAGUUAA